ACUAUCUUGCUCGCGCUGCCGCGCGCGUACUCUCUGUCGCCAAAGCGGCUGCUGCUGCCGGGGUGUCGUCAGUGGAUGAUCUGCGCUGACGUGGAGCGACGACAUCCAGCCGCACCGUCACCGGUGACGACGAGCUCGACGUGAAAGUUUUCGAGACAAGCCACCAUGGACGACUCGUCCCAACUGGAUGACAGCAUGAACGACUCGCUCUCAGACGAGGAGGAGGAGGACCAGGAUGAAGGAUCUUUUUCUCAAGUUUCUCCUCACAGGAAGACUCAGACCUCUGUCAUACAGUCACCACACCCUCUAACUCCUGAGAUAACUUCGGCUAACGAGUCAGACGGCGUCACUCACAAGAGACGAGAGCUGCUCUCCAGACGUCCAUCUUAUCGAAAAAUCCUCAACGAGCUCUCAUCGGACGCUUCGGGGGUUUCUAAAAUCGACGAGGAGGAGGAGGCAGCGAUCGCAAGCGUGGACUCUGGUUCCAGGCCAACCAUCUACCAGAACAGCUCAGGACAAUACGUCGCCAUUGCUCAGGGUAGAACCAUCCGGCUGAGUGGCACCGGAGCCGAGGCUCUUCAGGGGAGUCAAACUCUGACCCCGCAACCUGGUGGUGCCAUCCUGCAAUGUGCUGCCUCACAGGGUGAUGCCCCCAAGCAGUUCUUCAUCCAGGGAGGACAGAUGCUCAUUCAUGCUGCCACCGGAGACAUCCCCGCCUAUCAGCUGCGUUCGCCCAACACAGGUUUGAGCCACAGCAUCGUGAUGGCGCCGUCACCGAGCGCCACGCAGAGCCCGUCGUCGCAUCACACCGAGGAGGUCACGCGCAAGAGGGAAGUGCGGCUCAUGAAAAACAGGGAGGCGGCGCGAGAGUGCCGGAGGAAAAAGAAAGAGUACGUGAAAUGUCUGGAAAACCGCGUGGCUGUGCUGGAAAACCAAAACAAGACGUUGAUCGAGGAGUUGAAAGCCCUGAAGGACAUUUACUGCCACAAGGGGGAGUAAGGGCGCCCUCACACCUGCCGCCGCCUGCCGCCCGUCAAACCGCCGUGACUGUAUCCGCUCACUCAGGCCUUUCCUAAUGCUGCAUCCCCCCCCACCUCAGUUCUCUUUGCGGCUUUUUCCCCCCACACAGAGGAACUUUAAAAAGUGUCGCACACGCUCCCGGCGUAAGAUGAGAGGAACACGGGAGACGCCCAGGAACCCGAACGCACCUUUUGUGUUACGCUACACUCACCCUGAAGACGCCAAGAGACGGGAAGUAACCAUUGUUCAUUUUUAAAGCUGAAGUAAGGAAUAAUUGUCGUUUAUUUUCGGUGCAAGCUGUGAUUGGAUUCAGAAGCCAUUGUUGCUCAUGCGUACAGGAAGCUGAUAAACAUGUGACAGCGUUUUAGAAGCUCAACUGUUAGCCGUUUGUGCUAAAUGUUUUGGAACAUCCUUAACGAUUACGCCGAAGCUGACACCCGAUGUGUGCAGGCUGGUCCACCCACGUGUCCCGAGUGUUAAGACAGGUAAUGUGGGUGUUGCCAUGGUAACCAGAGCGAUGCCACACAGCUUAUUAUUUUCAGUUUAAACUCACAUAUCGUCAGUUUAUUUAUGGUAUAGUACGGAGGUUCCCCAGCUGCGGCCCGCCAGCAUCAACAAUCUGGCCCCGCGGGACAUCCCGAGUUGAGAAAAAAAAAAAAAAAAAAGCGGCAUACGUCAGAACAAAUGCUCUCAGGCAAAAUAUUGUUUCCCCUUGUCUCUGCUUUUCAGAUGUACCUUACACAAGAGAAGUGUGGGAUACCUUAUUUUUUUGGGACUUUCUGAAAUGUUUGAAUAUAUUUAGGGAUUUGUGCAGCCGGACCGGAAAAAAGAAGACGGAGGGAGAAAUUGUGGAGAGGAGGACAGGACAAAAAUGUGUGUGUGUGUGUGUGUGUCAUUCAAUGCGUUUUCUUUAUUUUCAUGACUAUUUACAUAGUAGAUUGUCACUGAAGGCAUCAAAACUAUGACAGUUGUGAAGUGAAAACCCUUUCAGGUGACUACCUCUCGAAGCUCAUCGAGAGAAUGCCAAGAGUGUGCAAAACAGUAAUCAGAGCAAAGGGUGGCUAUUUUGAAGAAACUAGAAUAUGAAACAUGUUUUCAGUUAUUUCACCUUUUUUUGUUGAGUACAUAACUCCACGUGUUCAUUCAUAGUUGUGAUGCCUUCAGGGACAAUCUACAAUGUAAAUAGUCAUGAAAAUAAAGAAAACAGAUUGAAUGAGAAGGUGUCUAUAUAUAUAUAUAUAUAUAUAUAUAUAUAUAUAUAUAUAUAUAUAUAGACUCAUAGAAUCUAGACCUGGAACCCCCAGCCAAGUUCUUUUUACCCAAUGUGGCCCCCGACUCAAAAAGUUAAGGGACCCCUACAAAGCAGCUCCUCAUCCAUCAAAGCACAAUGGAUCACCAGCAUUCACAGCAGCAAAAUGUGUAUCAAUACCAUCACUAAUGGAGUUUUAUACGUUUUAAACACAAGAGCCCCGACUCUCUUUUUGUACAUUUGUCGUUUUUCCAUCAUGGUGUAAAUAAAGUUGAUUUUGUGGCUAUCGAGGGCGGCAGUGUGUGUGUGUGUGUGGACAUGUUGGUGUCGGGGGUCAAAGUUCAACUCACCAGCCUUGGUCGUCUUCUGAGCCCACUUUCUUUUUUGCUUUGUUCAAAUCUGUAUGUAAUAAAAAUAUUUGAAUGUGA